CCCAAGCAGGUUCUGGACAUCAAGAAUUUCCUCGAAAUCACUCGUAGAAAGGACGCUCGUGCUGCCCGUGUCAAGAAGAAUGGUGACCAAUACAAGUUUAAGGUCAGAUGUUCUCGCUACCUUUAUACUUUAGUUGUUAACGAUCGUCAAAAGGCUUUGAAGCUUAAGCAAUCUCUUCCUCCU